ACAGUUUGGUUGCAGUACGCGGAUGCAUUCAAAAAUGCAGAAGCUGCGAUGAGAGUACUGCUGGAAGUCUGCGGCAGCGCCAACUUCGAGACUAAAAAGGAUUGGAACAAAGUGUACGAGAAGAAUGCCGAACCGGUCUACGUAAAAAAAUUUGACAUUGGGAGAGUGUUCGCACUAAAGAUAAUUUACAACAUUAUGCUGCAAGACUUAUUUGACGAACAUUGGUACGACAUCACAACGACGCCGCAAUGGAACCCUAAUUUUGCUUACAUGGAAAGGAUAGAGUGCUUGACAUCGCACUGCGAUGUGCUCAAGUACGCAACACGCGAUAUCAUGUUUGUGAAAGGCCGUGAAUUCCUUGUCUGUCGACUCUAUCGGAAAAUUGGCACAAACAUCUAUGUAGCCGCAAGGAGUUUCGAAAUGGACGAAAUACCUGAAAGGAGGGGUAAAGUACGGUAUGGCAUCUCAUGA